UGAUGUAUAGAUAUAGCCCAUGAGUAAGCCAAAGCAGAACUGCUUUCAUUCCUUGAGCAUUAAAGGACAAAAUUCAACUCCCACAUGCUUACAAAUUCCCCUCGCCGGCCACCUUACUCACAUCCUCUCUCUUCAUCUCCUCCGCCCCCCCUUUCUCUCUCUUCCUUUACUAUUAAUUCCAUAUCACCAUAAAGGAGCUAGAACAAAAAAAAAAUCUGCAAAUCCGUGCAAGAAUUUGUUCCAAAUUUUGACUGGAGCCCAAGAUUUCCAUAGCGCUGACACUCACCAGUCCCUUUUCUCUGUGGGUGUGGAAAAAAGGAAUAAUUUUGCAAUCUUGAAAGAAAAGAAAAAAAAUGAUGAAGAGUCGAUUUCUGUUGGAUUGAUUUGCUGAAAUUUGUGGGAGUAAAAAUAUGGGUCGUUUCCCAAUGGCCAGGUACCACUACUAGUCUAGUCCUUUUCUUUCCUUUCUGUCCCCCAAAAUUUCACACUCUUUUAUCACAACUUGUAUCAAAUAUCAUACUCACCAUACCCCCUAACCCUACCCCACCCCAUGAUGCAAUUCACCGAGAGCUUCCCCCCUCCGCACCAAAUCCCCCCCUUCCCAAACCUCAAGGCCCGGGCGUGGCCGGGCCUCCCGCCGCCGAAGCAGCUGAGCAGCUUCGGCGACGCCAACUGCAUGGAGCAGCUGCUGGUGCACUGCGCCACGGCCAUCGAGACCAACGACGCCACCCUCGCCCAGCAGAUCCUCUGGGUGCUCAACAACAUCGCCCCGCCCGACGGCGACUCCAGCCAGCGCCUCACCUGCGCCUUCCUCCGCGCCCUCAUCGCCCGCGCCGCCCGCAGCGGCUCCUGCAAGCUCCGCACCGCCGUCGCCAACGUCCACGCCGCCGACCUCUCCACGGCCAACCACAAAUUCUCCAUCAUCGAGCUCGCCGGCUACGUCGACCUCACCCCCUGGCACCGCUUCGGCUUCACCGCCGCCAACGCCGCCGUGAUCGAGGCCGUGGAGGGCCACCCCGUCGUCCACAUCGUCGAUUUCAGCCUCACGCACUGCAUGCAGAUCCCCACCCUCAUCGACGCCAUCGCCUCCCGCCUCGACGGCCCGCCGCUCGUCAAGCUCACCGUCGCCGGCGCCACGGAGGAUUUCCCGCCGAUGCUGGAUCUCUCCUACGAGGAGCUAGGGUUGAAGCUCGUCAAUUUCGCCAGAUCCCGAAACGUGGCGAUGGAAUUCAGAGUGAUUCCGUCGAGCUCCUCCGACGGAUUCUCGUCGCUGAUCGAGCAGCUGAGGGCAAUCGGCGCCGGCGCCGGCGGCGAAGCCCUGGUUAUAAACUGCCAGAUGAUGCUGCACUACAUACCGGAGGAAACCCUAGCCAACGCCCCCAAUUCCCUCCGCGCGAUGUUUCUGAAGGCGGUGCGGGGGCUGAAUCCGAGGGCGGUGGUGGUGGUGGACGAGGACGCCGAUUUCACGUCGGGGAACCUCGUGAGCCGGCUGAGGGCGGCGUACAACUAUCUAUGGAUACCGUACGACACGGUGGAGACGUUCCUGCCGCGGGAGAGCCGGCAGCGGCAGUGGUACGAGGCCGACAUGUGGUGGAAGAUCGAGAAUGUGAUCGCGCAGGAGGGGCCGCGGAGGGUGGAGCGCCUCGAGCCGAGGGAGAAGUGGGUGCAGAGGAUGAGGGGCGCCGGGUUUAGGGGGGCGGGGUUCAGCGACGACGCGGUGGCGGAGGUGAAGAGCAUGCUGGACGAGCAUGCGGCCGGGUGGGGGAUGAAGAAGGAGGAACAAGAUCUUGUGCUUACUUGGAAAGGCCAUAAUGUAGUCUUUGCAACUGCUUGGAUGCCUGCUUGAUUCAUAUCACUAAUUCAUUUCUUCUAAAUUAAUGUACCAACACUAGUUCGUUUCUAUCAAUCAUCCAUUUUUUUUU